GUAUAAUUUGUUUUGCACUAACCGAUAAACGUUUUAGCUGUAAACAACAUUAAAAUGGUUUACUAAAAUGGCUUGUUUUAAAAUAAAUGGAAAGUUACUUGGUUUUCUUGUUGCGUGUUUGACCGUGAACAUUGUGACAGGCUGGGCCUGGUGGGAAUCUCUUGUCGCUAGUGGAAAACUCGGUUGUAAUAUCGACUCGUUCCUGACGAAUACUUCCGGAAAUAUAGGGUGGAUUUAUCAGCUGUACGGACCGCCGGUGACGUGCGGCACGAACAUUAUCGUACCACACGGUCGAUAUAUAUGCAUAAAUCCAAUACGUUCAACCGCCAUGUUUAGUAUGAGCGUAUUUGACACCGGGAUAAAAAACACGUCGUCCGUCUUGAUAGCAAGUUUACAAGACUAUUCUGAUGGCGAUACACUUGGGAUCUGCUCGGAAUCCAACUCAAUGGCGAUAGAGUUCACUGUUGAAGGCUAUCUGUCUGCAUCUUUCUUCACCCAGGAAUCAGCUUCGGGUAGUCCGCCAAGCUGUGGGGGGACAUUCGUCGAACGUAGUGGGAGUCUCAGUUCUCAAAACUAUUCGUCGUCCUUCAACGAAAACCAGGCUUGCUUGUACAUCAUUUCCGUUCCCGGUGUGCUCUCAGUGUGUCUUGAAAUAGAGUACAUACACGAUGUUAGGCUCGUUUUAGAAGUGACCGAAAUUGAGCGAUCUCACUCAAGCAGGGACUCGGCUGGAACUAAAGUGACAAGAAUUAGCAUCCGCAAGAAAGGCACAUGGUGUUCCCAAAACAACAAGUUGGUAGUGUACCAAAUGAACAGAUCAUAUUCUAAACGAGCAGGAUUUCGGGCAACUUACAGUUCAUUACUUCGCGAGGAGGCACCUAAUGAAUGGGAAGAUCUUGUCAAAAGUGGACGACUCGGCUGUCAGGACGGACAGUUGUUGACAAACACUUCCGGAAGGAUAAGGCCGAUAUAUGCGCCGUUCGGACCUGAAACGACGUGCAUGAAAUACAUAGUAGUCCCAUAUGGGCGAUACAUAUGCAUACAGCCAUUGGGUUCAUCAGUUAUAUAUAAUAUGAGCGUAUUUGAUGUCGGAAAUAACCAGUCGUCUGUCUUGAUUGCAAGUUUACAAGAUAUCGAUUCCGAAGCGGUAGGUGACCCACUUGGAAUCUGCUCGGAAACCAACACGAUGGCCAUAAAGUUCUCUGUGCAAGGCUAUUUGUCUGUCUUUUAUUUCACCCAGGAAACAGCUACACGUAGUCAGCCAAGCUGUGGGGGGACAUUUGUUGAGCGUAAUGGGACUUUCACGUCUCUAAACUAUCCGAUGUCCUACAACGAAAACCAGGUGUGCGUUUAUAACAUUUCCGUCCCCGGUGCGCGCUCACUUUGUCUGGAUAUAGAGCACUUGGAUAUUGGUGACAUGGAUACGCUCCUUUUACACGUGACUCAUCUGAGGGGUACAUGGAAGUGCGCGGACUCAUCUAGAACGUACGAGACAAGUGAAUACAUCCUGACCAGUGGCUUACAAUGUUUCGAGACUAACCAGAUGACAGUCUAUCUAUUGUCACAAUCCAAUUCAGAACCACAUCACGGAUUUCGGGCAACGUACAGAUCGUCCGUUGAAACAUUGUUUAAAUUUUGUAUAUCUGAUGAUGGUGUAAAAGCCUAAAGGUUUAAUGUCAGUUCUGUCUGAAAUACGCCUAGUGUGCAUGUAUUUUAAUAGAUAUUGCCUAAACAAAUGUAACUGAACAGAAUAGGGGUGGUAUUCAAUAUUGGUCUGAAUUGGGUCUAGGAUUGAUGAAGCGUAUUGGAUUGCAUGCUAUAAAUAACAAACCAAUACAGUGAAUGAAAUCAAUGACGUAUGACCAUAAGAUUGUCUUAAGUUGCACAUCAAAUACCACUCCUUAAGUUUAGUUUGUGUUAUGCAAGAUAUCAACUCUUCAUACAUAUGCAACAACAAGAUGUCUUACAUGUGACCAUCAAUAUCUCUGUUCUAGUCAUUAUAAUGAUUAAAAUCUAAUUAAUACAAGUACAUGGAUAUUUAUGGAAUAUUUACAUAGUGUACAUCCAUGGAAAUAUUUUGGUUAAUUGAAGAAAUAAAAAUCGAAUGAAAAAG